ACAUAUGGCGAGAGAGCGAGCAGCAGAGUUGGGAUUUACCGCUGGUGGGGUGGCAUGGUUCACUGAUCUAUCGGCCACCGACUCUACUUUGGUUUUACCUAUUGUGAUCGGAGUCGUAGGUUUGGUCAAUGGCGAAGUAUCAUCGCUUCUCAGACCUUCGAAUAAUUCGCAUCGAUCAAAAUGGAGUAAAUACUUUAUCUAUUUCUAUCGCGGAAUGUGUGUUCUGUCUGUGCCCAUCGCUGCACAAGCUCCAACAGCUAUUUGUGUAUAUUGGUUGACGUCAAGUACGUACAGUUUAGUUCAAAGUAUAGUGUUCUCAAUACCGAGUGUUAGGAAGAAAUUGAACUUUCCAACAUAA